AUGAGUCAGGCUAACGGGUCGGGUUACUGGGCUGGGCUAACGGGCCGGCCCACCGGGUGCCCAUGGAUCGUUGGGGAUUCCAUUGCAUUUGCAUUGGGAUUAGCAACCACUCUAGCAGUCCUAGGCAUAGCAGCCUCAUUUGCUGGGAAGGCAUAUGGACAGAUAGGGCAGGGAUUACCUUUGGCAGCCUCUGGUUUAGCUUUUCUUAUGGGUCUAAAUCUCCUUGAGAUAAUUGAAUUACAGCUCCCCUCGCUUUUUAACAAUUUUGAUCCCCGUGCUGCAGCCGCCAACUUCCCAACAAGUGUGCAAGCAUAUCUAGCUGGGCUUACGUUUGCCUUAGCUGCCUCCCCUUGCAAUACACCAGUGUUGGCCACUCUGCUAGGAUAUGUGGCUACAUCCAAGGAUCCAGUUGUAGGAGGCAGCCUACUUUUGACAUACACAACUGGCUAUGUUGCUCCUCUGCUUCUUGCUGCUUCUUUCGCUGGAGCAUUGCAGAGCCUGCUUUCAUUCCGCAAGUUCUCAGCAUGGAUCAACCCAAUCAGUGGUGCACUUCUGUUAGGAGGGGGUGUUUAUACUUUUUUGGAUAGGCUAUUCCCAGUCACGAUGGCAAUGUAGAGUACUGGUUGAUGUGCAGGAAAGAAACAGAAAUAUAUAAAUAAAGUAGAAACUGUCGAGCAUAGGCAAUAUAUUCUGCUGUUUGUUUUUCUUUCUUCCAACCUCUUAAUUGUCAGAAAAUCAUGUUUAAAAAUGAGGAAAAGAAUCGCUCCCCCAUUCUAGUGCUU